GUUGCGUCGAGGAUAGAGAUAGAAGAACGAGAACAACAAGUCCGAAGAAGGAGAUGAAUAAAACAUCUUCACUGAGUAGAGCUAGUGGGCAACAACUUCACAAUGGCAAUGGGGAACAACAAGAUCAACAGCAACUGAGGCAACAAAUUCUGACACAAGAGGACCAACAUCUUCAGACUAC